AUGGAGCGAUUCAGGAGUUUACUUGGCAACGGCGGUAUGGGCCUAGGAGGAGCUGCUCAUGGAACUGAUAAUACAAACCUGAUCGACAACUCCGAAACUGUUUACAUCUCCUCCCUCGCCCUCCUCAAAAUGCUUCGACACGGCCGCGCAGGUGUGCCUAUGGAAGUCAUGGGUCUGAUGCUCGGCGAGUUCGUGGACGACUUUACCGUCAAGGUUAUGGAUGUGUUUGCCAUGCCCCAGAGUGGUACCGGUGUCAGUGUCGAGGCCGUCGACCCUGUUUUCCAGACGAAGAUGAUGGAUAUGCUUCGACAGACAGGAAGACCCGAGUCGGUUGUCGGAUGGUACCACUCGCAUCCUGGUUUCGGUUGCUGGCUUUCAUCGGUUGAUAUCAACACUCAACAAUCAUUCGAGCAAUUGAACCCCCGUGCCGUAGCUGUCGUCAUCGACCCCAUCCAGUCCGUCAAGGGAAAAGUCGUCAUUGACGCUUUCCGACUCAUCAACCCCCAGCUUUUGAUGCUUGGGCAAGAGCCACGACAAAGCACAAGCAACUUGGGCCAUCUCAACAAACCCUCAAUUCAAGCUCUUAUCCACGGCUUGAAUCGACACUACUACUCAAUCGGCAUCGACUACCGCAAGACGGCUCUCGAGGAGAACAUGCUCAUGAAUCUGCACAAGCAUGUGUGGACCGAGGCUCUGGAGAUGAAUGAUUUCCGGCAUGAGGGUUGCAAGAACAAGGACCGACUGCAACAGCUGGUUACAUUGGCGGACGGCUACGAGAAGCGUGUGAAGGAGGAGACUGAGUUGACCAAAGAUCAGCUUAAGACUCGAUAUGUGGGCAAGUUGGAUCCCAAGAAGCAUCUCGAAGAUGUUGGCCAGGAGCUCAUCGAGGACAACAUUGUUUCCGUGUCGAGACAAAUGAUCGACAGGGAGGCGACCAUGCCCAAAAGGGAGACGCCAGCAGGGUCUAAGGGACAAGUGAAUGGUGAGGAGAUGGAUGUGGAGGAGGAGUUAUGA